CACAAAAGACCAACAAGCAGACGAAGCUAAGGGCGCAAAAGCCAAUAGAAGCCAAGACAAUCCAGUUGACGCUUCUGCUCUGCGGGCCCAGUAUUGGAUUCAGCCUGCCAACCACGCUGCACAAUCGGACCUGGCCCGAUGAGUCUUUCCUAAUUCCUUCCAAACCUUUUUUCUCCGCCAUCCCACCACGCUCUUGUUCCGUAGUCGGCCUCUGUUUCCCCAUCGUCUGACGACUUUUAUUUUUUUUCUUCUGUUUUUGAUCAGACUAUUUUCUAUUAUUCGCCCUGCCAUUUUUCGUUGGACAAGCACAAUUGGAAACAACAGUUGCAUCUCGCUGUAUUUCCAAAAUAGUCUGUUGUCACUCGGCAGUUCACGCCUCGUCGCACCGGCCCCCCGACUUCGCUUCCUCGAGUCGCCCGGCCCGUCUUGCAGCCUUCUUCUCCAAUCGCCGCGAUCUUGACGCCCAUUUCUCCAAUUCACUGCUGCGCCGCGGUCGCUGGUCCGCCCAAGCUGCCGUAUGGACGGCUCAUCGAUGGUCGCACGCGGGGCGUCGUCCCUCAGCCCGACGAGCCCUGCCAGCUCCAGACACGGCAACGGCGGUGCGAAGCGAAAGAGAAGCGCCGGCAUCCCCUCGCAUCCCAGCAGUCCCGGAAGCGGUCAUGAGGACGGCGAUGGUGAUCACGACAAGAAGCGUCAACCAGGCGUUAAGAGAGCGUGCAAUGAAUGCCGUCAACAAAAGCUCCGAUGCAAUGUCACACAAGAUCCCUUCAACCCGUGCUCGCGAUGUAUCCGACUCAAAUUAGAAUGCAAGAUCGAGUCCAAUUUCAAGCGCGUCGGCAAGCGAUCCAAGCAUGCAGAGAUGGAAAAGGAAAUCGAACGCUUGCGCCGAAACUUGUCGCAAGCGCAAGCUCAAGGGUAUACUAUGGAUGAUGGUGACGAUAUUGACUCGCCCGUUGCCCAUACUGGAACCUACACCCACACCCGCAACCCGUCGCUCAUGGGAUCCGACGAAGCUGUCUCCUCGCUGCUCAAUCUGAAGCGUGGAGGCGCCGCUGCGUAUCCGCUUACCCAUUACCCUUACCAGCUAGAAGAUGUCCGACUCACUACCGAGAACGUUUCCCGUCUGUUCAACGAGUACUUUACCUUUUACCACUCCUUCUUGCCGUUCCUCAACCCCAGACAGACACCGGAUCAGUAUCUCCAACAGCACCCUUUGCUCUUCUGGUCUAUUAUUGCUGUCGCGGCCCGCCGAUUUAGCCCCGCCAACUCGCCAAACCUCAUCUCCAACUUAUCGGCACCCCUGACGCGAUUCUUGUGGACAACGAUUGGGGAAGUCCCCAGCAGCUACCAUGUCGUCAAGGCAAUGUGCUUGCUUUGUGCCUGGUCGCUGCCGACGAGCACCACGACAUCCGACCCCACGCACAUCCUGUGCGGUGUUAUGAUGAAGACGGCGACUGGCAUUGGUCUGCACAGACCCAACAACAUCCAAGAUUUCUCCCGUGUAUCCGUUGAACUUAACCGGGAACAGCUAGCGGAUCGAGUUACGACUUGGGCGGUUUGCAACAUUGUAGCGCAAAACAUAGGAACUGGCUACGGUCAGCCAGCAUCCACCUUGUACGACUGGACCUUGGCAUCUCGACCCGGUGACGAUGCCACUAUACGCUUAUCACCCGAGCUUGAGGCGCGACUGCAGAUCGAACGCUUCUGUGACAAGGUUUCCAAGGAAAUGUACAGCAAUGCCAGUGACCCUCGUGGGGUAGCGGGUGACGAGCAUCGUGCCAUGCUGAUGCGCGUAUAUCGCCGAGAUUACGGUGAACUACACGCAUCUAUCCUGUCCCAAGGUUUAGGGCCUGUGGUUAGCCUUCACCUCCGUGCUGCUGGUCUGCACAUGAGGCUUGCUGGCUUCUUCGACUCAAGCAAGACUCCUGGCUAUAUGGACGACCUGAUGGGUCUCUGGAGAGCGACAACGAGCUUCUUGGACGAUCUUCUCGAGAUUGACAAGGUCAAGACACCACGCGAUAACUUUGGAGACACUAUUCUCCUCUAUGCGACAAACUACAUCCAGCAGAUGCUUGUUGCCGCAGCAUUCACUCUGCUCAAGUUGAUGCGAUCCUUCUUUGCAAAGACUAUCGACUUCCACCGUGGCCGCUCGUUAUUCCACAAAUCUAUCCAAGCCAUCCGCGCUACGAGCGUUGUUGACAAUGACUUGCAAUGGCGACUGGCCGAACUGAUGGUCCAAAUGUGGAACGGAGCGCGCCUUGACAACAACCAUCCAUCGUUUAACCGCGAGGACGAGUCUCCCAUUCAAAUGGACGACUCGCUGCAGCUCAAGGUCCGUUGUCGUCACAGCAUGAGUCUCGUUUUCGACUCAGUCUGGCGCUGGCGUGAGGAGUAUCAAGCUCAUGGCCGAACCAUAGAAUCAGCCAUCAAGAAUCCAACGAACCCAGAAUCCGCGACCGAAUCGUCCACGUCAUCGCAACUCGAUGCGACGCUUAUGCCCUCCAACACCCUCGCAACGGCAGCGCUCCUUAAUGUCAACGGAGCCCCCAUGGGCAUUGCACCGGCUCUAACGACCGCAGCACCAGCUGCCACUGCCAUGAUUGGAGGCGUUAACUAUGGCGAUACCAACUUUGACUUCUUCGACCCCCAGAAUUGGAUGCUCGACGGCCUUGUCGACUUCAACCUCAAUUUCCCUGCGCCGCUGGAAAGCGCAUAGAAUGCCGAUCAGCAGCUCCCUCUGUUGAGCGAAACCAAGACACAAGGCAAGACCUCUCCCACUGACCGUAAGCGCGCAGCUAGACUGCGUGUUCCUCGAAAAUGAUGAACUGGUCAAAUCAGCGAUACAAUUCCGCUGUUUCUACAAUGAUUUUGAUGCAUUUACUGUUUUUGAUGUUUGUCUCCACCACAUCCUUGUGGUUCGCAUCAUCUGUGCUUACUGAAGCACCCUUUUUUCAACAUUUGUGAUGCCCCCGAGCGGGUUGUCGUCGUUUUCCUUCUCAACUCCACCCUUUGCGAUGACCGUUCAAUGAUGUUCUUAUACCAAGUCUGAUGGUUUUUGUUCUAUAUUCUUUUUGCUUUGUUGGUGUUUUACUCUUCAUUUUGAAUGUUGGUUUCGGGUUGUUGCUUGCUGGUAAGGGCCUAGGCCGAAAAGUCUACGCUGUUUGCUUUUGGUAUUACUUUGUGUUUUUCUAUGUUGCCAAUAAUUAAGGAGGAAUUCCAGGAAGACUUUUUCAACUAUUCGCGUACUAUAUAUAAUGGAAUGAAAUAUACAUCGUCUUUCAUCGAAAUGCUCGCUGUUCAUCCUGGUGAUGCUUCUUCUGGGGGGAUCACCACCAGCUCGCCACAAGUCUUGCAGAAUGAGCUGCACAAACCUCCACCGCCCCCAUGAAGCGAAUAACAUACAAGGACAACCGAGACCUACAGGUAAGACUACCCUGUUGGGAAUUAGGCAAUCUUGGGCAUGCCACACCUUCUUCUGUCUUGCAGGGAGCCACGGCGGCUGCCAGCAGCCACGUUUGGCGGCCAAAUAUAGACUAGCAGGAAAUCACUACAGCUGAGGUCACAUUACAAAUCAGCUACUUUCGCUAAAGAAUAGGAGAGCGCCAUUUAUCGAGGUACUUUGAAUCCGCCUGCUUCACACGCCACAUCGGGUUGUCUGUGCGAACUGGCAGGCUGGCGGCGCCCCCUCCAAAGGGUCUGGCGGGUUCUUGUUGUAGCUCCUUGAAAGCUAUAUGAAGAAUAUCAGAGGUGUAUCUUUUCAUUAGCCGCCCAUUCCGCAAACUGUCAUGGAGUGCGCCAUGCCAACCCAACUAUUUCGUGUUGGACCGUGUGAUGGUGGCAUAGUCUAAGACGGCGGCACUCAAUUGUCGGGCAGAAAGGCGUAUGACCUUGGACAAAGAACCUGUAUGCUCUGCAUGACAAAUUUGUCCCAUGAACCAUGUCUGGUGGCAAAGUGUAUCAUACGGCAGGGAAGUGUGUAGUGGUUGCCACAUGCUGGGGCGCACGAGCCGCAACGCUGAUGUAAAUUGCCUGAACAGCAAAGACCGGGACUACUAAUGUCUAACUGGAAAAUCUCUCGCUCAGUUCAAAUUGCCGCAAAAGGGCGAAGUUAUGCGCAGCUGGGUCGCCGUUGUGCCCGGCCACCGUAACUGGCCGCAUAUGGCUCCGCUUAGAACCAACGUCCAACGUCUUGGCCGGCGCUUAACACUCCAAUAAGCCUAUAAUCAGCUCAUAAAGUCUUCUGGGGUUAUAUUGAUCUGAACAGGUGUGACGAUUGACGCCGAUGAAAGCGUCCAGGGCCGCAGGAGUCUAGUGUCUAGCUGAGCGGACGUGGCGCGGCGUUUGCCUCACACUCUGCGUCCUGAGUCCGCUCAUUUACGGGCCUCAAUACAAGGGUGGUGUUUAUGGGUUUUAACAGACCCAGAUUCCAGCCAGGUAAUCGUAAGCGUUGAUAUCCGCUACAGACUGUGCUCUGAUGUGUGCACAUCGGCGGACUGUCCGCAAGACACCGCUUGUUCAGAGGGCUUGCCGCUAAUGCAUCCAGAACUAGCCCCAAUUCUAGGUCAAAGUGAAAACCACUCUGCUUCUGAAUACCCUACCAAAUUUGAUCUUGGCGAAGAUGGCGUGUGCGUGCUGUUGUGGCUGGCCGGAUGACCCGCAUAGAAGCUCCGUUGUGA